AACAUGCUGGAUAGGAGUACUUGAGGACCAGGGUUGGGAAYCACUGCACUACAACACGAUGCAYAAAACUAAAUAUGAGAAGUUUUACUGAAGUUGCAAGUACAWAAACAAAAGCAACUUUUUACCAGAACCACAACCACGCAGGAGUCUGCACUCAAGGCAACGUAUGUCAGUGCAAAUCUGCUCGCUAAAUUCAGCCAGAACAGAUCCGUCAGCAGAAACUACAGAUACUGUGUGCUUCUCUAACUCUGGUCGAAGGCGCUGAUGUUCGACUCGUGUCACAUGAAGUGACUUCACCAAACCAACAAGUCAAAGACAGAAUGUCUAUUCCACUUCAUCUGCUGGUUCUGAUCCUGGUGGAGUUUGUCACAGGAGACCCACAGGAAGUAAAAACGCCCGACCCAAAAAGAGACGACACCAACGUUUUCCUGACGAUGGCGUGGCAAGUAGCCCACCACCUCCGUCCCAAGUCCAGCUGCUACGUGUGCGGUCUGAUGCCCUACACGGCUGGAGAAGGUCUACCCCUCAUGGCCUUGCCUGCUUCUGACUGCGACACGUGUCACCUGAUGCAUGUCAAACGCCCCAAGACGUCCUCUACCCUCGAGUGCCCGGGAAUCAAAAUGAGACCCCUCCACUGCUCCGGACAGCAAGGAAACUGCAACAGGUGUUUGAAAACGCCCAAACCAGUUCCCAUCCUGGUCAUCCCUCAGAAGUUCACUUGGUGUUUGGAGAACAACGGCAGCACGCCGGUGGGACAUUCAGACUGCAUGCGUACCUUUAAAUGGGGUUCUGGAGAGACCGAGUCCGACUGGGAACAACUGGUUUCUGUUCCUCACCAGUGUAUGGACGCAGCGGGAGAGAUUCGAUUCAAAGCUUUGGCUCGUCGCACCGCUGACUGCUCCAUCUCCUCUCCUGUCGGGAUGUACUGGGUCUGCGGGAGCUUUGCGUACCCGUAUCUCCCGGUGGACUACAACGGACGCUGCGGUUUGGGAUAUGUGGUCCCAGCCAUGAGAGUCUUACAGUCUCUGCCGAACAGGCCGAGUGUUCGCCGAGUGCGCCGUGGAGUUUCAGACGUGUUUGGGACUCAUUUUCAGUCACCUUUUAAGAAUGUACUGGGUACACUUCUUCCUUUUUAUGGAAUCAUGUCUGCAUUAGAUCAAAUAGCAGAUCUGUCCCACGCAAUCGAAGCCAUAGCUAACUCGACUGGACGGGCUCUCGCGCUCUUGUCAAACGAACUGGCCUCUGUCAGACUGCUGGCUUUACAAAACAGAGCAGCUCUGGACUUCCUGUUAGCCGCUCAGGGGGGGACCUGCGCUGUUAUCGGUUCUGAAUGCUGCACUUUCGUGCCUGAUUAUAAUGUCACAAUUC